AUGAUUCAUCACGAUAUUAUUUCCGUGAUUGCCAGCUUUCUACCACUUCAACAAAUGAUGAAAUUAGAAAGAGUUUGCAAGGAGUGGAAACUAGGUCUCUAUCUUCAUUGCUCCUCUGUGAAAUCUUUCCAAUUGACCAAACAUUUACUCUAUUUAAUACAAGUACCUAUUCCGAGACCUCUCAUUUCGGAUAAACAGGCAAGGAAUGCACUUCGAGAAUAUUGUUAUUCGAAUGAAAAGACAUUGUUUAAUAAUCAAGCAUUUAUUGCACCGAAAGAUCAGAAUCAUCGGUUGACUAUUCGAAAGAUGGUUUCCAAGUGGUUUGGUGAGAUGUUCGUGCAUGUAGAGAAAUUGCACUUUUCUGAUGUUAGAUUUUCAGGAGAUUUGGUUGAUGAUUUCUUUUCAAGUCGAGUGUUUUGUGAAAAAAUUAGACAAUUGACAUUUGUUGGAUGUCACUUGAUGAAAUCAUGUGCCAAAGAGUUUACAAACAAGAUGAAGAAUGUGGAAUGUAUUAUUUAUUAUAAGAAUAAGUUGGAGGAUGUGGAUUUGAAGCAUUUGACAGAAUUUGUGAAAAGUUCUUCAUUGAAAUAUUUGUAUUAUCCACAAGCUGAUUUGGUCAACUUGUCUAAAUUGACAGAGAAGGAUAAACUCUCACCAUUUUAUUAUGAAUUGGAUGAUGAGUUCAAAGGAGAGGAUGGAGAGGAUGCCAAACAUCAGGUUACCAUUUUCGAUAUUGAAAAAACCAAACAAUUUCACAAAACAAAAGGAAAUUUUCAUGAAACUUUGAAAAUGUUUGGAAUUAUUUCAAAUGAAUUUGAAGAAUUUUAUUACAAAACUUUGGAAUUACCUGCCAAUGAAUGUAUUUCACAAUUUAAUAGAUUAAUUGACAAUGGAAUGCACUUUUUUGAUGUUAAUUUUAAAAACGACUUUGUGAUGGAAUUGUUUUAUAAUCAUUGGAGGCACUUUAAUGUCAUUGAUUUUUUCCAAAAUUAUUUCAAUCUCAAGCGGCACAAGACAGAAGUGUUACAGAAAUUGUUAGCAAACUCAAAGUCAACUGAAGAACAAUUUGAGAUUGUUCAACAAUUUUGGCCUCGAUGCUCAACCACCAUAGAAAAGAUUUCCCUAUUGCAAAUCUCCAGGAUGAACAACGUGUUGGAACAAUUAAUUGAGGAGAAAAUUGUAGAAAUUGAUUGGAAGGAAUUUGAAAAUGAAAUUGAUUUCUGUGGUGUGUUGAAAAUUGUUAAACAAUGUUUAAGGAAGCGAAAGACAAUGGAAAACAAGCUUUCCCCAGCCAAUAAGAAAGCCAAACAGUAA